UUUCUACUCACUUGGUUUGCUUCUUUUUCUACCCUCUUGAUAUUCUCUAUUUCAAUUAUUGUACCUUGUCAUACGUCAUUCCACCAUGCAAGUUGAAGUCAACCCGAACGAAGAUACAGAAUGGAACGAUAUUCUCCGCAAACACGGAAUUAUCCCGGAGAAGCCUCAGGAUCCUGAACCUCUCAUUCAAGAAGCUCUUGUUGAAGCGGAGCGCAAAGCCUACGAAAAUCGACUAGAAGAUAAAGAUUUAGACGAACUAGACGAGCUCGAGGACGAAGAGGACGAAGAGUUCCUUGAACAAUAUAGAAAGCAACGUCUUGCAGAGCUCUCUACACUCCAGAAAACCAGCCUAUACAACCAGGUCUACCCUCUUCAGAAAGUCGACUACGCAAGAGAGGUGACUGAGGCAUCUAAUAACGCCUUUGUACUUGUGCAUCUGUCCUCAUCAACGAGCGGCAAUGCUGAGUCGCAGCGCUUGACGGAGCUAUGGCGGCAGCUGGCUACUAAGUUUGGCGACAUCAAGUUCUGCGAGAUUCGCGGCAAUAUGUGCAUUGAAGGGUAUCCGGAUAGAAACACCCCGACAAUCUUAGUGUAUAAGGAUGGUGAGAUAAGAAGACAGCUCGUAACACUAAAGGAACUUAAGGGCCCUCGGACGACGAUCGAAGAUCUCGAAAGAAUGCUCUUAGACUUAGGCGCCCUCAAGGAGAGUGAUGUACGUUUGAAGAAGCGAUCUGACGACUCAGAUGACAAUCGUCCAUCGAAGAUAAGGCAGUCUCGGGUAGAAGAUGAUGAUGACGACUGGGAUUGAAAGCUACUAUAAUACUACUGCAACAGUAGAAUGGCAUGAUCACCUUCUCGCCCAUGCGUGAUGCUUCUCCUUAGUGUGCAGCAUCUCUGUGCAUCCUAUUAUCUUCCAACCUGAUCAAUCAACCCACAUCUGGCAUGUACUGUUAUUUGUAUUGUUAAUAGUUCUUAAGCAGCUAAGUGGUCCUGGAGACCUAUUGUUUGUACAAACAAUCAUUCCCGAGCCUUACUUCCAUUGUUCAUCCAUUUGAAAGGACGAUCCAAGAUCGAAGAUGGAUAUCGACCAAUCUCCAGAGUUGUC